AUGAAGUCUGUUACAAGCGCUCGGAAACGUAUCUUGCAGUACCCAGAGGCGUUGGCAAGGUGUGCUGCACAGGCAUCAAUUUAUGGGAAAUGUGUGGCUUCAAAAGAAAAUAUUGGAAAAUCAAACUGUGUAAAAGAAUUUGAGGCAUUGCAGGAAUGUUUCAAAAAUUCU